CCAAACUAUGUGAAAGUCAAUCCCAGCAGCCCGCGUGUUAUUUUAGACUGGACACCAUGAUGGUACCGAGCUGCUCCGGUGAACCCAGCGAGGAUCCACCCGUCAAUACGCCGCUGUAGUCCCUUUAACGGCCUCUGUUUUCCGCCCUGCCCGUCGAUCCGUCUCAGAUGUCGCUCCCGGUGGUGCUGCCGGGGUCUUGCUGUCCGGUUACCGGGGCUUCGCAGCUCGCAGAGCCGUCGUACAGAAACAGACCCCGUGGCUUGUCUGCUUCCUCCCGGUUCGCCGGCGGCGGCUCUCGGCUACUGCUGCCCGGGCGGCCGCUGCUCUCGCUGGGCUUGUUGCAGCUGCUGCUCGGCGGCUCCAUGGUGGCGCUGUCCUUCGGAGCUCUGUCCCUCAGCAGCUCACCUGCCAUCCGGAACUCGUGUCCCUUCUGGGCGGGCUCCUCGGUCAUCCUGUCAGGCAUUGUCGGCCUCACAACAUGGAGAAGACCCAUGCUGCUGCUGGUCAAUGUGUUUGUCCUGCUGUCUGUGGUGUGUGUGCUCCUUAAUCUGGCUGGAUUCAUCCUGUGCUGCCAGGGAGCCCAGCUGGUUUCCAGUAUGACCAGCUGCCAACUGAGUGAGGAUGGAGAUGUGUGUUACUGCUGCUCCCUCUCCCCCUCCUCCACCUGUCCCGAGGAGAAGCUGCUGGAGCUCCACCCAGCCCACUCCUGCGGCACCAUGAGGAUCCUGCUGAAGAAAGUUUUGUUUGCUCUCUGCGCUCUGAACGCGCUGACCACAGCUGUGUGUCUGAUGGCAGCUGCUCUGAGGUACCUGCAGAUCUUCUCCACCAGAGCUCCCUGCAUGGACGAGCCCAGGGCCACGGUGGAGGAAAGGGAGGAGCCUCCUCAGGUCCCAGAUCCAGAUGAGUUUGUGGCUCCAGCCCCUCCCCCCUCCUACUUCUCCACUUUCUACUCAUGUACACCACGUCUGACAUGCCGGACACUCGGGGACAGCGUGAUCCCUCUCCCUCAUAUCUACGGGGCCCGGAUCAAAGGGGUGGAGGUCUUCUGUCCUCUGGAUCCUCCUCCUCCAUAUGAGGCUGUUGCUGGAAGCUCCACUAACACAGACACACAGGAAACAGAGAUUCCUCUGACUGAACUGCCUGUGAACACCACCACCACUCCACCUCCUCCAACCUGUGGUGCAGACCUGAGUCUCCAAACCGUGUCAGUGUCACCAGGCGUGGUUGACCAGGCCAAGUCCCAGCUCCAGCCUCUUCCUCCUUCUCUUCCUCUUCAGCAGCCACAUGCUCCAGGACCCACCCCCUGGAGAAGAGCAGGGAUCCGUCACUCCAGCAGUGACCCAGUGUUGAUGGACCUCGCUGCUAAAGGGUGGAGCAGCAGCGACACUCCCCUCGCUCCAUCUCCCCAGACGACAGACUCCUCCACCCAGACCUCCCAGCCCACACUGGCUGCCCACGCCCAGGGCCAGGUCACGCUGCGACGGGGCAACAACGACAGCAGGACCCCCCGCCGGCCCCGUCCGUCCUCCAUGGUGGACUACCAGAGCUACCGACACACGCAGCACCUGGUCAGGAGGAUUCUUGAGCAGCCGGCCGCCCAGGGACUGGCCCCCGAGGUCCAGGAGCUGGUGGACAGCAUUCGAAACGUCCUGCAGUCAGAUGAGGAGCACAUGGAGGAGGCUGUGCGCUGUGCCAGUUACAUAGAACAGGUGUUCACUGACUCAGAGAUGGGUCCCAGUCAACCACCCCAGCAGCAGCAGCAGCAGCAGCAGCAGCAGCAGCCAGCUGCCAGUUCCUCCCAGACUUUCCCCCGCCCCCCCAGGAGGAGGUGCGGUGUGCUGCACCUGCGGAGCUGUGGGGACCUCAGCUCAUUCACCUGUGCAGAGUCUCCGGAGCGUCAAGGAAAUAAUAGAGAAGUGGUGUCAGGGGCGGGCUCUAGGGUGGGUUCAAGAGCGGGGUCGAGGACGGGGUCGAGGACGGGGUCCCGCCUGGAUCGUCCUGAUCGCCCUCACAGUCUGAUCGGAGUCUUCAGAGAGACAGUGCUCUGAGGGAGAACCAGCUGGAUGCUGCCCCACCUGUCACUAUAUAAACUGAUCUAACCCAUGGACUGCAAAUCCCACCACUGAGGAGGUGUGUGUGUGUGUGUGUGUGUGUGUGUGUGUGUGUGUGUGUGUGUGUGUGUGUGUGUCUCUGUUUAUUAGUGAAAUAGAAAACUUGUCCUGAGACACUGAACGCAUCAUCCACCUGCUGCAGGUAUCUCUCUGUUAUUUAAUGCUUAGACAAAUUGACUUAACGAUUAAAGUGAGUUAAACUUUAUUUUAUGAGUCCAUCAUUUCUUAAUUAUUUCCAACAAGUUUCUUAGAAAGAAAUGAAAUCAUCCGGAUGUUCAUGAUUUAUUGAUCAUUGAAACUUCAUGUUUCACUCACCUGCUGAACACUGAUCCUUUGUCAGUUAAUUAGAAUGAAAAUAUGCCAUUUGAACACAGUCUAAAUUCUUUGCAGGAAACUGAUUGGAAAUGAUGUGAAAACUACAAAUACUACUUCAAUAAAAGUGUUCCCACUGAGGAAGGAGGUUUGUCUGUUGUCAAUGAAGCUUGGUUGAUAACUGAACAAAAAGAAAUGAUCACAGUUAAAUCAGUGAGUAAACUGUGCCUCUGUUGUGAAGCAGCUGGUGUUAUAGCAGAGGUAUUAUAAAGAGGAGGACGUGAAACAGCCAUGUAGUUCCCUGUGUCACCACUGUCAGCUGUGUUGAGGUGAAAGCUCUACACAGAUCUAUUUAACCUCUGAGUGAACAGCAGAGCCUCAAGAACAAUGAACUGAUUGUUGUGUUAAAGAGUCGGACUAACGUCACAUCCACAUCGUGUACAGUGAUGACAGAGACUUGUGUUUAUAAUGACCUCUCAUGUCUGUGGGACUCAGAUGGUCAU